GGCAGGAAUCGCAGAUCAAGCAUUCACAUACGAUUAGUCACACCAUAAAAUAAAUACGCACUUGCUGCGAAUCGUUAAUUGUUUUUCAGUCCCAUUGUGUCCUCCUGGACAACAAACGUUUAUUUAUUUAACCUAGCAAAGCCAAAUUCUGACACAGGAUACAAGCUAUAAAGAAGAUGGACAGGAAAGAUGAAAAAUGGAAGCUCUGCAAAAUAAUCUUGACUGAAGGAGUAAAAGAAGGCCACUCGUAAGUAUUUGGUUGUUUAUUGUGCUCAAACUUACAACCACCAGACCACCUUUCCCAUUUUCUGCAGGUAUGUAUGGCUAUAAUAUGAAAUAAAGAAUGAACCAAAUUUCUUGAUUUAACCUCAACUUGGCAGAUGAUGGAUAAGAAGACAUGUACAAAUAAUGUAAGAAUAUGUAUAAGGAAGGCAUGCAUAAUACCACCAAGAUUUUGCACAUAGACAUUCCUGUUAUUAUUGCGUGUUGUUGCAAAUUUGGGUGGGAUAGGUUGGGUUACAACACCAUCGUCUCAUUACUCAUCUCUCACUAACAUAAGUAUUUCUUCACACAAACUCACACAGCAUAGCAGAAAAUAAAUGCAUACAUGUAUGGGCGUACUAAAGCAGUGCAGUAUAUUAUGUGUGAUCCUUAAUUGAUGGACAGUUACGCAUCAUAUUAAUAUCCAGGAAUGGUCAUUCUUCAUUUGCUCAUCCUUGACUAGGUCUUAAACCAAACAUGAUGAGGAGUGCACUCGUUUAUUGCAUUCCUUCCAUGGAGGUUUGAACCUUUGGCGACGAGAUAAAAUGAGACGAGGUGAUUAUUUUUGAUUGUUAGUAGUUAUUACUCAUCAUCAUCGUACAUCAUUCACAAUACAGAUCGACAUACAUGUCAUCACCAUCAGCUUUCUUGUACCUAAUAAUCACGUUGCACAUCCGGGUAACUCGAUAUUGCGAAAAUACAUAUUUUUCGUAUCAGUUUUGAUCACUAUGUCCAAGAUGAGGUCGACAAAGGGAUUCGUCUUCUUGCCUCUAGUGGUGAUGUGUUGUAGUUUUGUGACAAAUUUUGAGUUGGCUUCCUCGCUCAGUAUUCCAGUAGAAAGGGAUAAUUUACGCUUGAGGAUUCUGGAGUUUGACAAUGUUAGUGGAAAAUUGGUGCAAGUUUUGACUAGCAGAAACUCUGACAUAAUUUACGGAGAAGAUGUGGGUAAGACGAGUGUCAUCGUGUUGGAGUGCAGAAGUGGCUAUGGACCCGUUACACUUUCCUAUAAGGGAGAUGGGGCCCCAGCAUUCACAACGAAUACAAACACAACACGAACAUCUCAUGGUUUAUAUUUUUGGAGUUUUCUAAGUUUCGAAAGGCCCCUGAGUGCUGAGGAUAGUGGAAACUUUACAUGCAUAUCGCCCAAUAAUGAUCCAGGGAUCCUUAACUCGGUCUACUUAUAUGUCCCAGAUUCCUCAAGAGCUGUGUUUGUCCCAAGUCGGUUGGCGCAACGACUGGAAUACCCUAAAGCAAAUUAUUUCCGAAUACCUUGCAGCGUUGUUCACCCUGGAGCGAGAGUCACGUUGGAAAAAUUGUCGAAAACAUCAUAUGAUGAUAAUGAAGCAAGUUCGCAAAUUACGUAUAGUCCAAAAUCAGGAUUCUACAUUCCCAUAUCAAUGGUCAACUCUGAAGGGUCUACGACUUUCGUGUGCAAGGCAUCAUUCAGGGGCAAAGAGGACGAAGCAGAGUACAAAAUUUUCUCUCAAGAACCAUCAUCAAAUUUUGAAAGUGACGCGGAACAAAUAUUCCCUCCCACACCAACGCUUUCUACUCCAAACAACAUUCGGCCCUCGUCCGGUCUGCGAUCAGCCUGCACAAGUUCUACUUGCGGAAAAUUUGCAGAAUGCAUCGUGAUUGACUAUGCGGCUCAUUGUGUGUGUUAUGAGAAUCAUACUGGCGAUCCUUGGAAGAUGUGUAACAAAAUCAGUGAACAUUUUCAACAAUAUGCUCAGGAAGAUCCUUGCUCACCAAAUCCAUGUGGUCGAAACAAUCCUUGCAUCCCGGUUAACGGCCACCCUGUUUGUACAUGUCAAGGGAAUCAUCAAGGAUCGCCAACUAUUUGCCAGCCAGCAGCUUCACAAGCAAGACCCACGACUGCUUCCCCUCAUUGUACGAACAACAAUGAUUGUGCUUGGGAUGCGUAUUGCAACCAAAGAACUGGACUUUGCGAAAAUGUCUGCAGCAACAAUAGCACACCGUUCUGUGCCCAGAAUUCAGAAUGUCAUUCUCUGAAUCAUAGUCCAGUGUGUAAAUGUUUGCCAGGAUUUAACGGCAAUCCGUAUUUUUCAAAAAAUAGUCAAGGGUGCCUAUCAGCAUUCGGUCAGCCAAACAAACAUCAACCAAAUUGUAGCCCAUCAUUAUGCGGACUUAAUGCGCACUGCAAAAUUGAUCGUCACAGUCUCCGUGCAGUUUGCGUAUGCCCAAAAGGUUUUACCGGAAAUGCCUAUAGGGCCUGUUCUCAGGUGAAACAUCGUCCUGAACCCGUUCGACAACCAGAGAUAAUCAAUAACCACACAACAACCAAUGAUGUAGAUUUGCAGAAACAUCUUUGCAAUCGCACACGGUGUGGUUUCGGAGCAAAGUGUAGAAUUCGUGGUCUUGAUGUUCAAUGUUUCUGUCCGUCUGGAACCCAAGGGAAUCCAAAUAUCCGAUGUGACCCUCAUACUGACAAGAUCGAUGCGGUAAAAGCGUGUGAUGGGUGUGGUCCAAACAGCGUUUGUACAGUAACUGGACGAAAAGUAUUUUGUGAAUGCUCACAAAACGCAACGGGAAUUCCUCCAAAUUGCAUUCAUGAGAAACGAGGCGGUGCCUCUGGAUUUUGUCGCGACAACUUUGACUGUGCCGAAGAUAACGUUUGUGAUCGACGCAAAUGUGUUAACCCAUGUUCUUGGAUGUGCAGUGAGACGGCCAACUGCGCUGUUUUGAAUCACAUUGUAAAAUGCACGUGUCCCUUGGGCUACGAAGGAGAUCCCAAGUUUGGUUGUCAAAGACUCGCCGUCCCAGACAAUGAGCCCGAACAUCCCUGCAAGCUUAAUUGUGGGAGGAAUACGGUCUGCAGGGCAGUAAUGUUCAAUGAGUUGGAGGAGUACAGAAACACAUUGAGACAGAACAGACAGGAGGCUUUAUACUUUGAUAUGAUUCGAGCCAACGGAAACCUGCAAGCGAAUGGGGUCUUUUCGGAAUGUUUAUGCAGAAAAGGGUACCAGGGGAACCCUUAUUCUUUGUCUGGGUGCAAUCCAAGAGGGGAUGACGAGGGGGCCGAACAUCCCGUGAUUGUAAUGGAGACAAAUCCAUGUGACCCAACUCCAUGUGGGAGUAACAGCUUCUGCAGAAGUUACAAUGGAAAAGCAUUUUGCAGUUGUGAUUUUGAUUCAACUGGUCAGCCACCAAAAUGCAAACAUCGAUGCAAAGCGGAUUCACACUGUAUGUUUAACGAGUCUUGCAUCGAUGGUUUAUGCCACCACGCCAGCGCUGUGAAACGACCACUCUGAAAAUGUAUUAAUUAACGUAUUAUUACUUAUUUACAAAAAUGAAACAAACUACUUAAAUAUACGUAUACUUGUACAGUGUUCAGUGCCAAACACAACAACUCCCAAUCCACCAUUUACGUAAACAAAAUUAUUGCAAAUAUACGAGACAUUUCUUGUUUUAUAUAAAUUGCAAUUUGAAAAAA